CAAAUAGACUCGUUUUGUCACAUUCAUUGUGUUUAUUUAUUUUUUUCACGAUAACGUCAUCUAAAACACAAGAGUGUCAGGUAUAUUUUUUACAUCGUUUAAUCAUUUCACGAUUAAAAUUAAGUCGUUUACAUGAACUAACCAAAAUAUGUGUAAAAUAAAUAAAAUAUAUCUACUUUUAAUGCGGUUUAUCCUGCAGGAUAUUCUACAUGUCCACGUGACAGGUAAAGUGGAGUCCUUCCCAACGGUGUACUGUAUUUGUUUGUAAGUGUACCGAAUAAAGUGGUCGGUUGAUUCUGUUGAAACACGUGUACACUGUUAGCUGCUCAGUGCCUGUCAAUUUUGCUUCGUAAUUCUUAUUUACCGAACCUUUUCGGAACUGUUUGGCCUCCAUAUAAGUGGCGAAAUCGUUCAUUCUGACAAUUGCUUUUAUUUAAAUCCUACACUGGGACUGCAGUUAAAAUCAUGUCCACUAGAGGGUACUGUUGAAUAAACUACGAUCAACGGGAUAGGCUCAUCCUGUUAUGGAGCUGCCGGUAGAUUAUUUCUGUCAUGUCUGUCAACAGUAUGCAAACGACAUUAAAAAAUAUAUAUUUGACGAAUAUAUUAGGGUGUUUCCCCAUUAUUAAUUGAUAUAUAGGUAGACCAAUUAUCAUUAUAAAUUCAGUUACAAAUAAUCUGAGAGGAAAACGUCUAAAUUACUGCAAUGAGUAUUACAGGGCUCUUGAAAAUGUCCAUGCUUGAUCUGUGGCCUCUUCCAAACGGUGAAAAUAGAGAACAGGUAAAGUGGACACCUAAACCGAGUUGCAGGCUGAUCCUCGUAAUCUUUGUUGGAGGAUUAAAACACAAGGAGGAUUGCCUGCGUUCCAGACAUGAAGCUCUAGCCAUUCAGGUGCCUAUCCCCCCCUACUUUUGUUAAGGUUUAUCAGUUUGCACCAGUGGUACCAAAUUGAAGGCUACGUCUGUCUCGUUAAAAGGAAGGAUAUUCACAUCUAAAAGCGACAACUGCCUUCACCACAUUGUCAUUAACCUUGAGCUUCAGCAGGCAACGUCUCAUCUGCUGGCUAGAAUGCCUUCAUUCCAGAGUUCUAGUAAGUGGCGCCUGUCAGAAAUUCUGGGCCAGCGGAGACGACUGUUAGGCCUUGGCGCUCUGCUGGCCUGGUUGGUCCUCUUCCAUCUCUUGGUGAACGUCUGGCUCCUCUGCAUCUUCACUAGUCUCCUGGUUGUUUUGGGAGGUUGGCUUGGCUCGCGCGCCAUUCUGGAUGCCAACAGUCUCCUCCACUUGGAGCAUUUCUUGCCCCUCGCCGCCGUGACUCUGCCUCAGUGUUCAGCUGAACAUGAGUGGAGACUCAAUCACGAGAUCCACAGCGCCGUCCACAAAGCGGUGCGGGAUUUUGUGUCUUCCUGGUAUCGCACCCUUCUGCCCGAGGUGGAAGGUGAAUUUGAGCGCGCGGUGCGCAGUUCCAUGCUGGAGUCGGUGAUGGAGCUGAAGGAGCGUGCGAGGCGAGUCGACAGAAAAGCUCUGGUCCAACGACUUUUAGAGCUGUAUGGCUGCCACCUGCAGAGCUACAUGACAGCCAGACACAUGCAGCUGGAGACGCGGGGAGAGAGCGUUAGCCUUUGGCAGCUUUACCAGCAAGUAGACAGCCCUCAUCCAGCUGUGAGAGAUGCGGCCACCGAGCUAAGCUACGCCAGAGCUCUGGUUAACCUCGUCCUACAUGUGCUUGUCCCGUACCCUCAGAUGGAAACCCGGACCGGGGGGUACAUGGUCACCGAACUUAUCACCUGCAACGUGCUUCUGCCGCUCAUCAGCAGGGUUUCUGAUUCUGACUGGCUCAAUCAAACCAUUGUCGACGUCUUCACCAGGUCCCGAAAACCACAGGACGGCGCGCUGUACAGGUGCGCCCUCCAUGACUCGUGGAUCACCUGCCUGUCAUCUUUGGAUCAAGCCAGCGUCGAAAGCGAGAGCCGCUCUGAACUGUUCAGCCCAAUGAGUGAGGAGGAUUCCUCUCAGUGCAGCGUGCUGAGCCUCGAGACUUGUUCCGGGAAAGCUGCGGAUUGCCGGGCUGGUCUGCUCACACCGUGUGAAGUCAACUGUUGUUCCCUCACAUCUGGCCGCUACUCGCACCUCGCAGAGUCCAAGAUGCUGUCACUGGACUCCCUGACGCAGUCCGACACGGAAGAUGACAACAGCAGACGCUUGUGUGAAUGCGGCCCCUCGGCCAACUUCUGCAACACGAUGAACUUAAAGGAUGACGCUGAUGAUUUUGGCUGCUUUGGCCCGUUGAAAAAUCUCGGGCCGCCGAAGGUGGUGGUGCCUGUCGAUUCACACUGGCCUGCAGAUAUUGCUCAAGAAAGAACCCCGGCAGGUCCAUCAAGCAGGCUUUGCCUGAACCCCUUAAACUUUGACCCUCCAAACAAAUCAUCGGUGGGCAUCCAAAAUGUGCAAAUUGCGGGAACGGUCAGUGCAAAGGAGCAGCGUGGCACUGGGACGCAUCCUUAUACUCUCUACACUAUCACGUUUGAGACAGCAACAUGCCCCGAAAGCGGUGACCUUUUGCAACCUGCGACCUGUCACUCAGUGAACCGCAGAUACAGCGAGUUCCUCAACUUGCAGACACGUUUAGAGGAGAACCCGGAAGUGAAGAAGUUUGUGAAGAAUGUAAAAGGUCCAAAGAAAAUGUUCCCUGACCUUCCCUUUGGAAACACGGAUGGCGAUAAGGUGGAAGCUCGUAAAGGCCAACUGGACACGUUCCUUAAGCAACUGAACAGCAUACCUGAGACGGCGAAGAGCGAGGAUAUGCAGGAGUUCCUGUCUCUAAACUCGGGGGUUUGCACAUAUUUUGGAAAAAGGCCUUUUGUCAAGUCAAGAAUUGAUAAGAUGAUGGAAAAUGCUUUGGACACACUGAAGACAGCCUUCCCUCACCCCGAAGCCAUGAGUCCAACAGAGGACCUCGAGGGAGACUCUGAUGGGAGGACACUGGACAGCAGAAAGUACAGGAGGCUCAUGUUCCCAAGCAAAGUCUCUCCAUCUCUCAAUAUGGCCGACUUACAUCCCAAAGUGACGUACUGCUUUAGCGAAGGCAGCCCUGUGCUGAAUUGCAUGUCCUUAUCCAGACUGGAGAGCUUUGUCCUGGAGCAGGAAAGACUUUUAUGUGAGCCCCAAAGCAGAGAGCAAGCCAAGCGGAGGGAGUCCUUAGCCGCGGACAGCAAGUCUUCUGGGAAAACUCAAGGUGCAGACACAGCUGUUGCCGAUGUUGCGCUGAACAUUUUGUGUUUGUUGAUGAAGGACCAGUGGAGUUGGCUGUGCACCGAGAACAUCCAGAAGGCCAUCAGACUAAUCUUUGGCACUUUUAUUGAGAGGUGGAUGGAUGUGGGAGUGGCCCACCUGACCAGCGCCCCCUGUUGGGUCAUUUACCUCCAAGUGCUGCAGGAGGCCGUGUGGCCCGGAGGCACUCUGCCCGCCCAACCGCAGCCGGAGCGCAGCGCCGCAGAGAGAGAGGAGACCAAGGAACGAUGCCUGGAAUGUCUCCUGCAGCUACUUCCGGAGCUCGUCACAGACAUGUUAGGCAGCGAUAAGUACAGACUGAGCUUGGAAACCGUGCUGGAGUCUUUACAGGACCACCACAUUAACAAGCAUCUCGUUUACUGUAUCUGCGACUUGCUGCUGGGAUUUCUGAUACCAGAGUCAAGCGAUGAUUCUUUCCAGAGGCGUCUUCUGCAGAGUCUUCGCAAAGAUACUCCCACCUGACGGCCAUAUUUUCACCAGCAGCUGUCUCACAGCUGGAAGUCCACGCCGACAUGAUGGAUUCAUACCCGGACUGUGUGAGUUAAGCCACACGAUGCAACGGCACAGGAGGACUCAUUUGAUUCUUGUAUCCACGAAUCGUAAGUUUUAGGUCAACACGAACCUCUUCUCAUCUCAUUUUCAAGUUCAGAUAAAUUGUUCCCAAAUCAGAAUUAACUAAGCACCUCCGUUAUCUCAGGCUAACUAUAAGAUCUAAACAUUGUGAAUAUUAUAUGGUGACAGUUUACUGCUAUGCUGGAUUUUGUCCAAUUUGAGUUGAGUGAAGUAAUCUUGGUGGGCAACUGGAAGCAAGAUGUUUAUUAUUGUGUUUUGCGAUGGGAGAUAACUGCACUGAGAGUUGUUUUGAAUGUCGUAUUCUGCCCCACUCUUGUCACUGAGCGAGAAGACUUCUUGGUUGAUUUGUGGGAUUUGUGUCAAGGCCUACAAUUUCAUUCAUCCCCCCACCCCCACCCCUCCAAAUGUUGAGCAAUAAUUUGCGGUCAGUAAUUUAUUCUUUCAAUACGAUGAGGUCCAUUCAGUUAUUCAUUUCAAUUCCCAGACAAAUUUGCAUUUGUAAUGAAAUGCAGUUUUAUUGAGCACAAAAUAUUGUUCACAGCUGCUGAAUGUUGUGAAUCAUUUUGUAAUGCUGACCAGUUUGUUUGAAGGCAAAUCCGCUGUGUAGCAAAAGCAUUGAAGUUGUGCAACCCGGUCGGAAUGAAGGAUUUUUGUGGUGUAAAAGAAAAUACAUGAAUAUGAUUAUAAAAAUUACCAUUUGGCAAGCGGUGUAAAAACGCAUGUGUGAAAAGGAGUUGAAAGAGUCAAGAGUUGUUUUCAUCAAACAAAAUCAAUGCCUGAUCCAGGCGGCGUUGUCGUCUUCUUGUGAUCUUUUCACCUUUUUCCCCAGGCGACCACUUUGAUGAAAUUUUCAUCGUAUUAAAAAAUAAA